UUCACUCACUGGAUUGUUAAAUAAAAGUCCCACUUUAAUGACUAUACACUUAUCUUUAUUUCUUAUUCCAACAACUUAACUUGUUAUUCUAGUUUACAACUUAGCUCAAUUGCUACACGGCAACAUUCUAAUUAAAACUGUGUUUGCUGCACAGUCUGGCAGCGUAUAUAGCAGAUCUUUAACAAAACUUCGUCUCUAGAACAAUCUGGCAACUUCUGAUUCGCUGCCUGGUUGCCCUUAUUCCAUGCUAGUUGUUUCUGACAAUUUAUCGUGGAUUCAAUUUUGUUCUAUCAUCUGUGUUUGUCACAAUAUAAAAAGUAAAUAAAUCUUCGUAAAAAUGUCUGAAACCGAUUUAGACAAAAGAAAUUCCUGUACAAAUUAUCACAUAAUUGCUGAAUGGAAAAGUUGGUGUCGCCUAUGUGCUAAAGCCAAUGCAAGUUAUAUCAAUGCUCUAACUGGGCAAUGUGUGCCAACCAUGUCCAGUUUUAAUCUUUACAAUUUAAACAAUAUAGUAUCUGUAAUAGCCGAUUUUUUUCAAGUACAUAUUAAUGAAGACGAGAAACUUACGCCCCUUAUUUGUACAGAUUGCUACAACAUAGUUAAAUCCUUCGUUGAUUUUAGUGAGAAUAUUAGAAAAGUACAAAAAUUUUACAAUGAUCUAUUGCAUAGAGAUAAUACAAUGAAAAUAGAUUUAUCAGCUUUGUAUAAGAAACAUGGCUUAUUUAAGGAAAAAUUAAAUACAGCACAAACCAGCACUGAACUACCAGUGGAAGAAAUUUUUAUAGCCGAUUCAGAUGCCGCAAGUAGAGCACAUACAUCGAAAUUUCAAAUAAAAAAUGAAAACUCAUCAGAAGCAUUAUCGCCUGAGGUGCUUUUUAAAGAAUUUGAAAAAGAAGAAGAACUUCAAGACCCCAUUGCCGAAGAAAAAAUACUAACCGGAGUUGAAAAUUGUGUAGCAACAACGAGAAAAAACAAUUAUGGAGACAAUGAUGACUAUGACAUGCAAAUGGAUUCUUCGGACGAAGAUGAGAGAAAGCGGCACAAUAGAUUGAAUAAUGAGGAUAUUGAAACGGAUGAUGAUGAAGAAGUCACAAAAGAAAGUAAAUACACUUGCAGUAUUUGUUCAAAACGUUUUCAACGUAGCUGUAACUAUGCUGCACAUAUGAUCAAGAAACAUGAAAAAAUUAUAUGCCCACAUUGCCCUGGUUCAUUCGAUAGUGAAUCAAAUUUAAAGCGUCAUAUGAAAGAACAUCGAGAGUUAUACACGUGUAAACAAUGCGAUCGCGAAUUUCAGCGUAAAGAAAAUGUUGCCCAACACAUUAAAUGUGUACACAAUGAUGAGCGCCCAUUUAUUUGUGAAGCUUGCGGCGAUGCUUUACGCUCAAAAGGACAACUUAAAAUGCACAUGUUAACGCACACAGACUACUCACCUUUCGAAUGUAAGGAGUGCGGAAAGUGUUUCAAAGAGAAACAUCGUUUAAAGAGACACAUGCAAAUACAUGGGGAUAAACUUAUUUGCAACGAAUGUGGGAAAGAGCUAAGUUGCCGUGCCACAUACAAUAGUCAUAUGUUAGUACAUUCCGAUAAAAUGCAACACAAAUGUGAUUAUUGCGGCCGAGCAUUCAAGCGUGCCAGAGCACUUAAAAGCCAUUUAAUACUCCACAGUGGACUAAAACCAUAUUCGUGCGAAUUUUGUGAUAGGACAUUUACAAAUGGGUCAAAUCGACGUACUCAUAUGAAAAGGACGCAUCCAAGUGAAUUAGCCGAGCUAGAAGCUUCAGGAGAAAAAAUGUAUACCAAAAAUAUACCAGAAUUGGCCGUGUUGAAAUCUGUUAUACGGAGAGCUGAGAAUCUUGUACCUGUUGUCUCAAAACAAAGUGGAAAUUUUGCUUUCGGCAAAAAAACAAACUCCAAACCUGUAAAUUCUGCGGACACAACGAGUUCCGAAUUGAAGAAUUAAAAAAUAAUUAGCUAUUACCUUUAGCAUUAUUUAAAUAGUUUUUUUUAAUUAGGUGCAUCAACAUCUAUAAAAAAAAAGAAACAAAAGAACAUCAAAAGCAUGAUUUAAUGAAAUUUAUUAACAUUUACAUAUUACCUUUAGAAGUCACACAUUAUCAAUAUGUGUGUAUUUUGUUGUCCUUUAAAUUGCUGCAUAUUCCUUCCAUACUUUCAUGAGCAAAUAUAUUUAAUUAUUAUUUCGUUUAUUUGAAAUUAAGAAAAAAAUAUAUCUACUUGAUUAUUUGCUUAUCUACUCUAUGUACAGGAAAAAUUAUCGAUUACGAAACUAUCGAGUACAUUCAUUUUAUACAAUCGAAACAUAACUGCGGACGCUUAGUUUUUAUCCUCCCUAUCCGAAAAACAUCUGUUCUUAUUCGGUAAUUUUUCACAGCUUUUUCGCUAACAUUUUAGUAAACAUACGUAUUACAUGUAUUUUGGUGAAUAAACAGUGAAAUUUUAAUUAACAUAUAUCAGUGUAUGGAAAGAUGAAUGUUAUGGACGGUUUAGGAGUUGAUGAAAAGCUCAAUAGCAAUAUUGAUAAAAUUGCGUCUUGGCACCUUUGGUGUCGCUUAUGUGCAAAGCAAGAUGUUCAAAACAUUAGUGUUUUUUUCAAAGAUGAACAUAUGGUUGCUACUGCAGGAAAUGGCGAACAAAAUGAACUUGGGCUUAAUAUUGCUAUUGCUAAAUACUUUUGUGUGCAAAUAAAAAUGAAUGAUGAACUUCCGGACCGACUGUGUACUGAGUGCUUUUCUUUGAUAACGUCUUUGGUGAAUUUCAACGAACGGGUGUUAAAAGUGCAGGAAAUGUAUGAAACCUUUCAAAGUUUUAGUGGCAAUAUAGAAAUGGAUUACCAAACAUUACGCUUAAAGUUUGGUGUGCCAAUUGAUGACCGACCACAUGAGUUUAUAUGCCGUACACUGGGCGAAGUACUCUUGCAUGAAGAAAAACCAAAAAUAAAUGAAUUUGAUGAAAAAAGUUUUAUGGAAGAAGCUGUGAUAGAUAUUUUACCAAAAGUGUGUAGCAAUGUAAUCGAAAUAAAGGAAGAAAAUACAAUUGAGUUAACACCGCCGGCAGAAGAUGAAGAUGCGUACGAUUUUGAAAAUGAAGACGUUUGUGACGAAGACCCUUUCGGUAGUGAAAGUGAAACAAAAAGCGAUGAAAAUUCUAGUUCCAGCGGGAGUUCAGUGAAUAACGCACGAAAAACAAAUAUAACAAAAAAACAUGGUACUGAAAAAGAUGAAGCAAAUAUUAAUAAUUUUAGAAAGAGAAAAAUUAAAGAAAAUUAUGAUUUUAAACAAGCAGAAGAAGGUGGAGAUGGUGAAUGUAACGAAAUAUAUACAUGCAAAGAAUGCGCACAGUUAUUUAAAAGAAUAUCUAAUUAUCGCACACAUAUGGAACGCAAACAUGGACAACUUGCGGUCGUGCCCAAAUUCACAUGUACCGAUUGUCCAUUUACAUGCAACACUCAAGCACAAUUAAAUCAUCAUGCCGUUAAACAUUUGCCUCUAACAAAGCGACGUAUUGUGCCCUGUCCUCAUUGUGACCAUAAAUUCCCAACAAAGACUUAUGUUGCACAGCACAUUAAAUAUGUGCAUAUGAACGAACGCUCCUUUAUUUGUGAGGAAUGCGGCGAAGCUGUGCGCUCGAAGGGACAACUUAAACAACACAUGCUCACACACACAGACUAUGCGCCGUUUGAAUGUGAAGUGUGUAAAAAAGGCUUUAAAAAUCAAGUGCGACUGAAAAAACAUAUGGAAACUCAUAAUCCAAAUAAGCACAUUUGUGCCGAAUGCGGUUUGCAAUUAAACUCGAAAGCUACAUUGAACCGCCAUUUGUUGGUGCAUUCCGAUGUCAUGCAACAUAAAUGUGAUUUUUGUGGACGGGCAUUUAAGCGUGCAAAGGCACUAAAAAACCACCUCAUUUUACAUACAGGUCUCAAACCCUAUUCGUGCGAUUUUUGUGAUAGAACAUUUGCCAAUGGUUCUAAUUGCCGUACACAUAAAAGAAAAGCGCAUCCUGAAGAAUUAGCUGCGUUGGAAGCUUCUGGAGAAAAAGCAUAUACUAAAAAUAUACCGAAAUUAGCAGUACUGAAGUCUGUUACGCGUGCGGCUGAUAAUCUUGCGCCUGUUGUUUCUAAACAAAGUGGAAAUUUCGCUUUCGGCAAGAAACCCAAACUGCCACCAGACAGCGUGGGCACUGUUAGCAAAAAACAAGCUAAAACGCUUAAACAAUCUAUGACUACGCCAACGAAAGCUGCAUCUAUCGCGAUAUCUGGUAACAAUAAUGCUAAUCAUGGAAUACUUUCCGAUGUUCAAUCGAAUAACCAGCGCAUUGACGAGCAGCAUAACUCGCUAGGCAGAAAUGUACCCACAAUCGAUAAUAUAUAUAAUCAACUAAUGAAGCAAACUACCACUAACAGUGCUUAUCCUAUGAGUUCUACCUCCAUAAUGACUCCCAUGCAUAUGGAAUUUAAACGCCCACAUAGUGAAGACUCAUCACCAGCUAACAACAGUUGUGUCGUUGAUAUAACAAAUGUCAAUGCGCAGCAGCAAACGCCGCUUAAUCAGCAAUUAUUAGUGCCAGUGCAAGAUUCUGCAAUUCAAAAUUUUUGUACGGCAUUUAUAAAGCAACACAAAAUAGGUGUAAAACAACAACAUACAACCGCUUUACAACAACAGCAUGAUGAAAUAUCCAUACAUAGUCCGGCGAGUCAUAUUUCCCAUCAUACAGAAGAGCUCACCACAGCAUCAACAAAUGCAGCGGAAGCAAAUAGUUUUUAUAGCCACAUAAGACAACAUACACCAGAUAGUUAUCUUUAAAUGUCACUUGAUAGCAAAAGAAGACUUUUCUCAACUAAAUAUGAAUGUGAGUGAGUGCGUAUUAUGAGAUCUUUGGUUUGUAUUGUUAGAUUUGUGUUUGUGUGUAUGUAUGUAUGUGUAGCUUAAAGUAUGUACAGGGUAGUGCUAAUGUAAUUAUAUUGUAAUUAAUUAGAACUUUUAAAUGAAAUGUUACACCAUAAUUAACGGUUACCUUGGUGAUUUAAAGCCAAUGUCCACUUUAUUUCCACAGUUACAUAACCAAAUUAUGUAUUAGAAAUCAAAAAAGUAAUUUUUUUUACUAACAAUAGUUCAUAGACGUGCUCGAAAAAUAUACUUUCGUUUUUCUAACACAAUUUCAAUAAAAAAUUAAGUUAUUAUAUAAUUGUUAAUAAUUAAUU